UGAUCAUUUUGUUUAUGGAUGCGCGAGGGAGAGUGAGCUCGUCAUCGUCAGUCGGAGACAUCGCACCCGAGGCCAUUUGGUUGCUGGAACGUUAAAUAAAAGGGACAAAAUAAAAACGAUGUUAUCACGAAAUCUCGUGAGAGGGAACACUACGAGAAAUUCCGCAAAAGGGGAAGUCUUCGUGUUGGUUGAGCAGUUGGUAAUAAAAAUGUAACGUAACAAAACAUAAGAAUCAUGCGGCCCGCUCGGAUUAUCUGAAUGUACAACGAUCGUAAAAUGAAAUGUUCAGACAAUACAAAUGGAUUUUAAUACAUGGCACAGUUAUUCUAUCACUUUUGUAUUCCAACACAUGGGCGAUAAGUCCGAAGAAUGCGGUAACAUUUGCCGGGAUUGUAAACAACAUCACAGUGUACGCUCUGGAGGACAAGAGUUCUCUUGAAAGUGACGAUAUGUCAAAAUCAUUGAAACUUAACGUAUCCUGGAUGCCACCGAGUAAGGGAAGACAACCUUCUUCGUACAGUAUUAUAGUAACAAGUAUAUCAAAGGAGACGGACGUGAGUAGAUCGGAAUGUACAGAAAACUCGGUAUUGUAUACCGUGCAGAACGUAACUCAACUCAGCCUGUUAGUGCCGCGAGACAAAUUGCUGAACAGCAUGCCGGAGAUGCAGAUUCACCCGAAUUGUACGUACAAGAUACAAGUGCAUGCCAAUCCAAGGGCUAGACCUGGUGGAGAGCUGCCGGAGGUGAUAUACACAGUUCCAGAAUGUGUGGGGAGCAGGUGCGACUGCACAGGAGCAAGGAACACUUUGCCCGUCCCAACGGUGAGGGCGAUCCAGACGACGGAGAAAGUUAUCAUAAACUGGAACGUCACUUCAAAUUCUAACGUUCAUUUCUAUGAGAUUAGCAUUGGUGUGCCAAUUUUAACGUCAAAAGAAGGACGCACAGUGUACAAUAUCACCCAAAUAAGUAAAGUGAACGUCGCAACAUAUACUUUCACCUGGGAUUCCAAAAUUCACGAUCAGUAUGUAAAAGUGAAGAGCGGAUACGAGAUAUUUGUGACGGCGACAGAUCACCGGGGUUGCUUGGGUACUCGAGGAAAUUUUACUGUCGUUACUGCAGGCGAAAUCGCGACGUCCUAUGAAAAUAUCAUAUGGAUAUCUAACGGCGUUAUUGUCUGCAUUAUAGUAUUAGGAUUUACCUAUCUUUUUAUUGCGAUACGCAGAGUACGCAAGAACAGAGCUGAGUAUUUAAAAUUUUUAUUUUCGGAUAGUAGGAGACAAACAAUACCUGAACUUUCCAGGUGCAAGCCAGAAUGGCCUGAGGAGGCAUGCUGCGAAGUGCGUGAGAACGAUGAGUUCGAAGUCCCGUAUAAAUGCAUAAAUCUCAAGUAUGAGCUGGACAAUGGCCAGUUCGGCAAAGUGUACUUGGGCAAAGGCCAGUUCGGCAAAGUGUAUCUGGGCAGUUUGAACAAUAAUGUUGAUACGUUGGUGGCCGUGAAAAUGUCACAGUGCUCUGACGCGUCGAACGAGCCCGAAGCCCGACGCCAACUAUUAGAAGAAAUCCAAACGAUGAAGAAAACUGGCCCUCAUCCGCAUCUAGUGAGCCUCAUAGGCUGCUGCACUUCCCCGGAUAAUCCUAUAUGCAUACUCUUAGAAUACAUGGAAGGUGGGGAUUUGCUCGCAUAUUUGCAUUCUAGAAGAAAGACAGAGUCAGACGCGAUACCUCUGUGCGACGAUGAAGAACCCGUUUCCAGGUACGUGAAUAUCAUUGAAAGGGACAAAUCCGAGGACGGAGAUUUACAGCACGAUACGAUUGAGAAGCAGCAGUUUUUAAAAUUUGCCCUCGAUAUCGCGAGAGGGAUGGAACACCUCGAAGAUACGGACAUCAUACACAGGGACUUGGCAGCGAGAAACAUUCUUCUCACCUCUGACCUGACGCUGAAGGUUUCCGACUUUGGCCUGUCGCGAAAUGGAAUAUACGUGAUAAAUAAUGUGGACGGCAAAGUACGCCAACUUCCAAUACGCUGGAUGUCACCGGAGGCUGUACGCGACUAUACUUUCUCCUCCAAGAGUGACGUGUGGUCAUUCGGCAUCGUUCUUUGGGAAAUCGGAACUUUGGGUGCAUUUCCAUAUCCUAGCAUACAAGACAAAGACUUGCUACGUUACUUGGCUCGGGACAAGUGUCGUUUAGCGCGUCCCGAUACUACUUCUCACGACAUAUAUGAAAUUAUGUGCUCCUGCUGGAACACAUCGCCGCAGAAGAGGCCUAGUUUCGCGCAACUUGUCGUCGACCUACAAACACUGAGAGAAUCCUCGCACUCGGCACACGAGACCAGUAAUCCUUGUUACAUGUUAUCACUGUCACAAUAGUUCGCAAAGUAUUUCUAGAAAGUGGAUUUGU